AUGAUUGUACAUCCAGAAACAUCUAAUUCACUAAGUAUGCCAAGUAAAUUCUUAAAAACCAUAACAAUUGCUAUGUUAAUUCUUGCAACAAUUAUGGUAUUGGCAUUGACAGCUAGUAUUGCACUUCUAUUUACAAUUGGUAAACCGACAAAUAAUAAUGAAUAUCAAUUACCGACAAAUUGUAGUGAAAAUCUAUUACCGACAAAUUGUAGUGAUAAUCAAUUACCAACAAUAUCUCUUGCCGAACCGUGUGACUGUGGUUGUCCUGCUAUUAGUCCUGUAAUAACAAAUAGAAUUGUUAAUGGUGAACCAGCUGUUCCAAAUUCAUGGCCAUGGCAAUUACUUCUCGUUGCAUUUAAUCUAACAGGCUCACCAACUUCAUAUUGUGGUGCUAGUCUUAUUACACCACAACAUGUUCUUACAGCUGCACAUUGUGUUUUUGGUUUUUCGCCUCGAUAUAUAGGUGUAAUUCCUCGUCUUCAUGAAUUCAAUAUUAGUUCACUGUCACCAACUAUAGCAUAUAUGGCUCAACGUAUUUAUGUUCAUGAAAGUUAUGAUGAUUAUUACCUUAAUGAUGAUAUUGCUGUUAUUCGUUUACGUACGCCUGUAAAUUUAGAUGAUCGUCUUAAUCUGAUUUGUCUUGCACCAGCUAAUAUGAGUAGUCAACCAUUAAAUGAAGGUGCAUCUUUAGUAGCUACAGGUUGGGGUGCAAUGAAUAGUGUUAACCGUACGAGACCAACUGUUUUACAACAAGUUCGUUUACAAUAUGUACCAAACACACAUCCAUCAUGUUCUCCAUUAGUUGGAGUUAAUGAAAAUACUCGACCAGGACAAAUGUGUGCAGGUUUUCCACCUAAAGCCGUAUGUUUUGGUGAUAGUGGUGGCCCAUUAGUUCGAUCAAUAGAUCAUCCAAAUGGAAAAACUUAUUGGCAACAGGUUGGUAUCAUGUCUGGAACAGUUGAUUGUGGUAUUAAUCCAGAUUAUUCUGAUGUUUAUGCUCGAGUUAGUUAUUAUCACCCAUGGAUUCUAGACAAAGUUCGUAUAUCUUCUUAA